UUGCACCCAGGGUGAACCGACUACAGACUUGGGGCACACACACGGACAGGACGCCGUUUCAUGUCCUCCCACCGAUUUCUCUGUCUCGCACACAAAUAUGGUAGCAAGGCUGCCCUUUGUAAUAUGAUCUUCGGGAAUAAUAUUUUCCUAGACUUUUCUGACCGCGGGGAUGCGCGCAGAGAUUGAGUGAGCGAGAGAGGGAGAAAUAGUGAAGAGAAAAAGAUUUGCUUAGUGGGGAAAGUGUGUAUGGGUGUGUGUGUGUGUGAGAGAGAGAGAGAUAGAAAGAAAGAAAGCGAGAAAGAGAGUUAAACUAUUUGUCCGUGGGAGGUAGUAGGCUAUAGCUAGUGAGACUGCGGAGUGUGUAUGAGCCUUGCUCCACUAUGCGGUCAGGCUGCCACAUCACUAUGGAUACAACGGAAUAUAAAAUGGUUUUAGCUGUUCUAAUCCUGCUAAACGGUCUAUCGAUAGGCUGCUGCGCGCCGCAAAGUUUCUGCGAGCCCGAAGAGGAGGCUUUGGGAAAAUGCCACAACAGUCCAGCCGCAGAAAAACCGGUCUGCAUAGAUAUGAACCUGGCUUACUGCAAUGAUCUGGACUACUCCAGGACCAUCUUCCCCAACAUCCUAGGUCACCAGUCCCGUCAGGAGGUGGAGUCUGGGCCAGAGUACCUCCUCCUGUCAGUCAUCCAUGGUCUCCUCAACGGGGAGUGCUCCCCUGACAUCCGUCUGCUGGGCUGCUCUGUACUUGCGCCCCUCUGCAAGAACCAGCCCAGUCCAUCGCCUGUCAAGCCGUGCCGCAGCACGUGCGAGGCGGUGAAGAAGGGGUGUGGCCACGCGUUUGAAGGCAUCGACAUGGCCUGGCCCUACUUCCUGGACUGCGACCGCUUCUUCGCCGGCGACGAGGAGGGAUGUUACGAUCCUCUAGCGCGACUCAGAGCCAAACAGGAAGUGUCCCUCUCCAUCCUGUCUCCAGACGAGCCGUCCACCAUCAUACAGUUCACGUACCACUCCAACGCUCAGAUGUACAGUGUGCUCAAGAGGACUGCGGCCAAGUGCUCCCACAUCUCUCGCACAUACAGCAUUGGACGUAGCGUAGAGGGCAAAGACCUCCUAGCCAUAGAGUUCACCGACACCCCUGGGGUACAUGAACUGUUGGAACCGGAGGUGAAGCUGGUCGGGAACAUGCACGGGAACGAGGUUCUGGGUCGCCAGCUUCUCCUUUACCUGGCUCAGUACCUGUGCUCCGAGUAUCUCCUCGGCAACCGGCGGAUCCAGACAUUGGUCAACACCACGCGCAUCCACAUCCUGGCCUCCAUGAACCCAGACGGCUACGACUUGGCGGCUGCCGAGGUAGAGGAUAGCAACGACCCGGAACAACAAGAGCACUACAACCAGGAAGGUCAUGAGCUCAAUGGUUGGACGGUGGGUCGAACCAAUGGUCAGAACCUUGACUUGAACCGAAACUUUCCCGACCUGACGUCUAUUCUUUACCGGAACCGUCGGAUUAGACAGUUCCGCACCGACCACAUCCCCAUCCCAGACUCCUACUGGUUUGGUAAGGUAGCUCCAGAGACGUAUGCAGUGAUGAAGUGGAUCAGGUCUGUGCCAUUUGUCCAGUCGGCCAGCCUCCACGGCGGGGAGCUGGUGAUCUCCUACCCCUUUGACUUCUCCAGACAUAUCCACGAGGAGCGCAUGUUCUCGCCAACACCCGAUGAACAGGUGUUUAAACAGCUGGCCCGCACGUACGCAGACGCUCACGCCAGCAUGGCAGACAACAACACAGAGAGGUGUGGCGCGUCCUUCAUCAGGAGUGGAGGCAUCAUCAAUGGAGCCCAGUGGUACAGCUUUCCAGGAGGCAUGUCAGACUUCAACUACCUCCACACCAACUGCCUGGAGAUCACGGUGGAGUUGGGCUGCGACAAGUUCCCAGCGGAGGUGGAGUUGUAUCCGGAGUGGCUCCGAAACAAGGAGGCCCUGCUGAGUUUCAUGGAGUCGGUCCACAGGGGGAUAAAGGGUGUGGUGAAGGAUGAGGAGGGCUACGGGAUUAAAGGAGCGUCCAUAUCGGUCCGAGGAAUACGCAAAGACGUCACAACAGCGGAGGAUGGCGAUUACUGGAGGUUGUUAAACUCAGGAACAUACAUUGUAACAGCGUCGGCUAAAGGUUAUUCCAAGGUUAGCAAGAGAAUAAGGCUGCCUGCCCAUAUGGACAAGGCAGGACGGGUGGACUUCCUGCUUAAAAAGGUCCAAGUCAGGCCAGUUGAACCCGACUACCAUCUGUUUCCCAGCUCUUCUCUGGACACCUAUGACCGGUUCGACCCUUACAACCAGUUCCAGCACUACGGUAACGGCGAGCCGGGAGAACCCAGGGAACCCGGGGAACCGGGGAUGGAAGGAGAACCCGGCAUGGACCCAGAGAGACGGGAGAAACCCUGGUGGUGGAACUACUUCAGUCAGGCUGGCUUCUCAGCGCCCACAUGGCUACUACGCAAUGUCUAGGGGGCACGCCCAAAUAGAACCCUACUCCCUUAUUUAGUGCACUACAAAUCCCCAAUGGUACCUUUUUAAUCCCCUGUGGGCCCUGGUUAAAGUAGUGUACUAUAUAGGGAAUAGGGUGUCAUCUCCCCAUAGGGCUCUGGUUAAAGUAGUGUACUAUA